CCUUCCUCUUCCUGUGACAACGCUGCUUUACAGUGCAAGCUCUCUAGCUCCCUCUGCGUAGCUUUAGUGAGCAACCUUGGCUAGGCUAGGACCCUACCUUUGAUUCCUGAUUCUGUUUUCCACGGCCUCCACCCCCCGAGACACACACACUCACAUACACACCCAUGCAAAGAACCUGCCUUCCAAUCUCAUGUGAUCUAAUUUCAACAGGAUUUUCAAUUGUAUUGCCACUCUUUGGGCUCAGAUGUGUCAGAUGUGUUCUAUAUCUUUGUCAGUCCGUCUCAAAGUCCUUCUAUUCAUCCUUUGGUCCCUACGUCUGUCUGUCUGCCUCUUCGUCAACCACAUUGCUGUAUAUAGCAGUAUCAACCUCUGUCUCCUACUCUGUCCACAUAUCUCUUUCUGUACCUGAGACUGUGUGUCACUGCCUUGCCCCCUUGCUUUCCCUCUGUCUCCAUCUCCGUCUUUUCCGUACACAACUCUUCACUCUACCGCUCUAUCUCUAUCUCCAUCAAACUGACUUUUCCUAGAUCUGAGAAGCUCCAUCGCCGUCUCAUCUCUCUUAAUUCUUUGUCUAGACAGACCUUGAUCAGAGAGAAACAUUCUCUCUCCGAUCAAGGUCUGUGUAGAUGAAGAGUUAUCCAGCUCUCUGGGUUGCUUUGUUUAACGACUAUUUAUUCACUCUCUCUGUCUCUCUUCCCCUCUCUCUCGACUUAAAUAUCGUAGAAAAACAACAAAUCUCUCUCUCUCCUACUAUGUCGUCCAAUGUCUCUCUGCCCUCUCUCUCCCUGCCAGACAUCCGGGGCCUGCAGGCCUUCAUGGACCAGGCUUCCCGGCUGGGCCUGGACGUAUCCCUGCAGCGCGUCGACCGCAACGUUAGCCGCGUCUUCAGCGACCUGUUCAGCACCAUGCGCACCGAGGAGCUCAACCGCUACCGGGACACGCUGCGCCGCGCCGUGCUGCUCAUGAGCCCGCGGGGAGCCCAGGUCUUCAUCCACCAGGCGGUGGAGACCAACCUGGCAUCAAAGGACAGUCACUGGGUGUAUGCUAAUGAGGAGGUGAGCGAUGCGGAGAUAAUGGAGCUGGUGCACAGCGCCCUGGGUCGCAUGACCGUCAUCCGACAGAUCUUCCCCAUGUGGCGCGACACCAACGUCCGCUGCAUGAGGAACAACCACCGCAUCUCCUCCCUGCUGUGCGACCCGCAGGACGGAUACCUGCAGUCUUUGGAGGUGUCCAACCGCUACCUGUACGACAGCGUUCUCAUGCUGGCCAACGCCUUCUACCGCAAGUUGGAGGACCGGAAGUGGCAUAGCAUGGCCAGCCUCAACUGCAUGGGGAAGUCCACCAAGCCCUGGAACGGGGGCUGGUCCAUGCUCGACACCAUACAAAAGGGACGGAUCAGCGGUUUGACAGGGGUGAUGGACUUCCGUGCUGCCGGCGCCAAUUCCCACGUGCAGUUUGAGAUCCUGGGGACGAGCUACAGCGAGACGUUCGGGAAGGACGUGAAACGGCUGGCGACCUGGGACUCCACGAGGGGAAUGAACGGCAGCCUGAAGGAGAAUCGCAUCGAGAGCAGCAUGCAGGGGGUCACCCUCAAGGUGGUGACGCUACUGGAGCAGCCGUUCGUCAUGGUGGCAGAGAACAUCCUGGGUCAGCCCAAGAGGUACAAGGGCUUCUCCAUCGACGUCCUGGACGCCCUGGCCAAGACGCUGGGCUUCAAGUACAACAUCUACCAGGUCGGGGACGGCAAGUACGGCGUGGCGCUCGCCAACGGGUCGUGGAACGGCAUGAUCGGAGAGCUCAUCGGCAAGCGGGCCGACCUGGCCCUGUCGGCCAUCACCAUCACCCCGGAGAGGGAGAGCGUGGUGGACUUCAGCAAGCGCUACCUAGACUACUCGGUGGGCAUCCUGAUGCGCAAGACGGAGGAGAAGAUUAACAUCUUCUCCCUGCUGGCGCCCUUCGACCUGGCCGUGUGGGCCUGCAUCGCCGCCGCCAUCCCCGUGGUGGGCGUCAUGAUCUUCCUGCUGCGGCGGAUCGCGGCCGUGCGGUCCCAGGGCAGCGCCUCGGCCGGUGGUGGUGUGGGUGGUGGUGGGGCUGGAGGUGGAGGCGCUCACCCAGCGGCCUCCAUGUCCAACUCGCUGCAGAGCGCCAUCUGGAUCGUCUACGGGGCCUUCGUCCAACAAGGAAACGACUCCAUCCUGGGGUCCGUAGCCCUGCGGAUUGUGAUGGGCAGCUGGUGGCUCUUCACCCUCAUCGUGUGCUCCUCCUACACCGCCAACCUCGCCGCCUACCUCACCGUGUCCCGCAUGGACAACGCCGUUCGGUCGUUCCAGGACCUGUCCAAGCAGUCCGACCUGGUGUACGGGACGGUCCGUGAGUCGGCCGUCUACGAGUACUUCCGGGCCAAGGGCACCAACCCCCUGGAGCAGGACAGCACCUUCGCUGAGCUCUGGAGGACCAUCAACAAGAACCAGGGCCAGGACAACUCCGUCUUCAGCCCCGCCGACGGCAUCAAGAAGGCCAAAAGGGAGCCCUUCGCCUUCCUGUGGGACAUGGCGGUGGCGGAGUACGCGGCGCUGACCGACGAUGACUGCACCCUGACGGUAACGGGGAACAGCCUGAGCACCAGGGGCUACGGCGUGGCCCUGCAGCACGGCAGCCCCUACCGAGACCUCUUCUCCCAGAAGAUCCUGGAGCUCCAGGAGAAGGGGGACCUGGACAUCCUGAAGCAGAAGUGGUGGCCCCGGAGGGGCCGCUGCGACCUGGACAGCCACGCCGACGCCCAGCCAGAGGGCCGGGCCCUGCGGCUGCACAGCUUCGCCGGCGUCUUCUGCAUCCUGGCGGCGGGGCUGCUGCUGGCCCUGCUGGUGGCCGCUCUGGAGACCUGGUGGAACAGCCACCCGUGCCGCCGAGCCCAGCCCAAAGAGGACAAGGAGAUGAACCUGGAGCAGGUCCACCAGCGUCUGAACAGCCUGCUGGACGACGACAUGGCCCACAAGCAGCUGCCAGGCCAGUCCAUCGAGAUCUCUGCCCUGGACAUUGGCAGCAUGCAGCCCAGCCACUCCCUGGAGGCCUUGUCCGUGCGGGACUACCCGCCUCACCGCGGCGGCCCGCCCCUGUCUGUCACCACCUUCCUGCAGGAGGGCCUGGGGGCCGGGAGGUCACUGGGCGGCCUGGCCGGCAGGAGCCUGGCCCUGCCUCUGAGCAGCGCCACCAUGCCGUCCAUCCGCUGCAAACACAGGGCCCCCAACGGUGGGCUCUUCAGGCAGAGCCCCCUCAAGACGCCCAUGCCAAUGUCCUACCAGUCAGUGCCAAGGGGGUCCAUCCCGGAAGACAUUGAGCCCAGCCACGGGACGUCUAUCUGAGCACCCCCUGGGACCAGCCCCCCCCCCCCGCCCCCCUCCCCUACACACCCCUCCCCGGGACCCUCCACAGACAGUCCAGCUCAUGAGGAACCCCUGAGAGCCUCAUCGAGCCAACAUGUUGCAGACACGUAUAAAUAAAAACAUGGACUACAAAAAAAGGAUUUUUGUUAUAAGGGAGGAAAAACCAUGAUAGACAAUAAAGACACUUCUAUGUACAUAUUUGUAAGUACUGAAAGAGGGUAACAAAUAAAAAGUGUAUUUUGAUUAUUCUCAAAAGUUGACUUUAAAAAAUCUAUCUAAAAGUAUUAAAAAAUGACUGUUUGAAUGGCUUUGUAAAUUUUGUUCUCAAUGAAUAAAGGUGACAAUUCUUUGUGGUUGUUUUCUAAGUGCCAA